AUGGUGCAACCGCCGCAGACCGAUACCGAAGGUGGCACUCCGGAUGGAAUUCACAAUCCGUACUUCGUCGACGCAAUAAAGCCUUCGUCGACGGGCAAAAAGCUCCCAUCAUGGCUCGACCAUUUCAAUGCGAAAGACAUAAAGAGGCUGUUCAAAUGCUCUCUGGCUGUCUGGCUUAUGACUCUUCUAAUGCUCAUUGAACCAACUCUGAUAGCGAUAGGUCGAGCAACAUUUCUUGGAGGCAUCAUCUUAUUUAUUGCUCCUCCGGCUGGCAUAGUAUUUACUGAGCUGAUAAUCACUAUUACCGUCUUGCUUGGCUGCGCGCUUUCCUGGGCCUGGGGUGUCAUCACCAUGAAAGCUGCGGUUGCGACUUGGCCACAAGCUGACAAGCAGGCCCGAUUCGCCACGCUUCAGCAAGAGGCGGCAAACACCACAAAUCCGCUACAAUAUGCCGAGGUCCAGAUUCUCAAUGGAUACAUGUUGGAUACGAAUGUGACCAUCACGUAUUUUUGCAUGAUGGGAUUGUUCGUCUACUUUAUGGCCCGGCUUCGCGUUGCAUUCCCCAAACUCAUACUCGUGCAAGUGGUGGCUUCAAUUGUUAUUAUCAUUUAUCUCAAUGCCGCACCACUUCUGCCAACCUUCGAUGGAACUGUUGCAAAGGUUAUCGUCAUUCCCUGCUCCGUCGCUGCCGGCAUUGGCCUCGUCUGCAAUAUCCUCGUUUUCCCUACGUCCUCUACGUCGGAAGCACUCGAUGGUAUGCGGAAUAUCCUCGCUCUGAUGCCCGAAUUCUUAGAUGCCUGUGUUCUCGGCCUCAAGCAUCCAGCACUAGAUAUGAGUGAGGCAAAAUUGACCGGACUGCAAACCAAAGUGCUUUCGACCUACAAACUCUUGGGUCCUCUUUUCAGAUUGCUGCCGAUUGAUUUGUCCGUCGGAAGAUGGGGCUCAGAUGACCUAUCGACAUUAAACGAACCCUUUCGUCGGCUGACUAUGAAUUUCAUCGCCCUAACAGACCUCUACAGACAAAACCAGGUGCGAAAGGAAAAGAGUAUCGAUGCAUUGAACCGCACACGAGCUGGCAAUGGCGAGAGUAAUAGCGACCAGCGGACGGUCGAGCUUGGGCAACAUCAUAUUGAUCGAGCGGUUGAUUUCCACGUUAGGUCGAACUACCCUAGCAGAAACGUUCUGACCAAAGAAGGUAUCCAGCCAUUGGUGAAUCCAGGUGAGCACCUGAUUGAGGCAUGCAAAGAAUCUCUCCAAGCCAUCAGCGAGGCAUUAAACCAGGCUCAUGCCCUUCGAAAGAGCCCUGGCCGCUUAGACAUGCAGCAGAGGCACGCUGUUGUGCUCUCCAAGCUCUGCGAGCAGCGCGACAUCUUCAUGACCUCCACUUCGCGAUCCCUUCCUGAGAUUUCUCGGAAGGUUUUUGACGAGGAUGGACUUUUAAGGGGAGAAACUGGAAUUGUCUCAUCGUUUACCGGGCUCAUGCCGGGGAUUCUGCUCCAGGAGCAUUUAUCCCGGCUGGCAGACGCCAUAGCUCAGGUUCUCACUCGAAUUGUGCAACUAGAGGGGAUGAGAACCAAGGUUCGAGUCUGGUUCCCAAGUCGAUUGAUAGCACUCCUCCGAUGGAUCGGCCAUGAAGACUCUCCAGAGGACGGAGUGACGGCUGCAGACCUCGGCGACAGUCUUACGCGUAUCUCGACGGUUACUUCACUACGCCCCAAUGUUCAGGCUAAAUCUAAAACCACGAAUCCUAAACCAAAAUCAGCACGCGCUGAAUUGGUUAGUAUACGGGCACCCAAUGGCCGCAAGAGAAGCCCCGGGGGUAGAAUUGUUCUGGCUAUUACUAAUUGGCUUGGAAAUGAAGAAGGCAUGUUUGCUUUGCGCAUGGUUGUGGUCACUAUUGGCCUUUCGGUUCCUGCUGUUGUUAUGUCUUCUGCAGGCUUCUUCUACCGCAAUAGAGGCUUGUGGGCGGUCAUCAUGGCUCAGUUGACUUUGGUUCCAUACACAGCCGAACUACUCUUUGGAAGUCUCAUACGAGUCUUUGGCACUAUUGUUGGCGGUGUCAUUGGGAUGGUGGUAUGGUAUAUAGGCGCUGGUAACGGCCCUGGGAAUCCAUACGGCCUCGCCGCCAUCUUCGCGCCUGCUAUUGUCCUAAUGAUGUGGUGGCGUCUAUUUACUUCUCCUGCUGUAAUGCCUGCAGGAAUUAUGAUGGGUGCGACGGCGUUCCUUGUCGCUGGCUACAGUUGGAGCGAUACGCAGAUCCCGCAAUAUGGCACUCCCGGCGUAGGCUAUGCAGUCUUCUGGCGGCGUGUUGUCACCGUACUUGUCGGCAUUGCAGGUGCUCUUAUUGUUAAUUUCAUACCAAAACCACCGUCUGCGAAUCGUCAUUAUCGACACCUGCUCUCCGAUAUUUUGGUUAACAUUGGGGACCGAUAUGCUCUCUUCGCGUCGAGUUGGAAAGAUCCUGCUCCUGAUCUGCGCCAAGUAGCUGAAGAAGAGGGUUUAGCAAUUGGCGAGAUCCUCCUCACAAUCUCAGGACCUAUAAAGCUAACGGUAUUUGAAUUCUCAUCCUCUAAUUUCGACACAAGAACGCUAGUCUUGGUUUGCAACCAAUGCAUGAUCCUUAACCACAAUAUCACACUGCUGCUGCAAUAUACGUCCCGGUUCUCCGAGAGCGAACGAACGAGAAUCAUCCCAGCCACGGGCGCCAUGAAUGAGGGACUCAUCACCGAGCUAAUGGGUGUGCUCUUUAUCGUCCAACAGGCACUCAAGAGCGGCGACCCUCUACCAGCAGUAUUACCCACGCCAUUAUUUACCAAGGCCGUUGCCCAUGCGCGAGAACAGGUCGCCGAGGGAAUCCGCCGCUCGGGCGACCUGCCGUGCAGCUUGCCGAACAAAGAAAAUGUUGACAGCGGAGUAAUGAGGAAUUUCAUGGUUAUUAUGAAUUCUUUGGUGCAAUUGCUGGCGGCCUUGGAUGAGCUGGUGCUGAUUUUGAAGCGGGCAGUCGGUGAGACGAGUAACAUCAUAAUGCUGGAGACUCUGUAA